ACCAAAAACUGGAUUAGUUUCAAGUUGCGAUUUCACAAUUACGCACGAUACUAAGGAAUUAUCAAAUAUAUCUAUCGUACACGGCAAGAUUGAGCCUGAUCGAUCGGGAUCUUUACCAUUGUCGGAAUUACCGGUAGCUGUAAACAUGACCGAAAAUAAAGUAAAUAUCCCAGAAAAGACAAGAGAUAAAGUGAAAGCUGAACGUGAAGCAAAGAAGGUAGCUAGGGCGCUUGCUAAAACAAAAGCGAAAACUGCUAAGGUAGAAAAUAAAGAUAGCUUAAACAAUAAACCUGUAUCGCCUGACUGUCCGAAGAAUACUCAGAUAACUGUGACACCGAAAAGUGUACCUAAUGAAAAUGUCCAAGAUCAGAAUAACACCCUUACGAUAAAUAAAACUUCUAAUACAUGCGUAAAAAGUGCAUCGUCCGAAGUUAACAAUGACGUUAAAAGUAAAGCAGAGUUACGUGCCGAGAGGAGAGCAAAGCAAGAUGCGCAAAGAGCAGCUAAGCAACAACUGUUAUUGGAGAAAAGUAAAGUGAAGACUGAAGAGAAUAAAGACAAUAAAACGCGCGUAGCACAACAAGUCACAGGUGGAACUGAUUCCGCAAAGAAGUCUACAACACCUAAGAAAAGUGUUCCAAAAGAUAAUACUCAUGAAAUAAAUCUCUUCAAACAUUUGUACCACGAAAGGACGCAAGCGAUUGUAGAUGUUCCUUCUGUUAAUUCAAAAAUACAUCCAGCAAUAGUCAGACUAGGGACACAAUACGCAAAGAAAGUGAUAGUUGGCAGCAACGCAAGAUGCGUUGCACUUCUGGCCGCUGUGAAGCAGCUUAUUGAAGAUUUCGAACGACCAUCGCAGGCUGAUUUUAUCAGAGGUCUCGAGGCAAGCUUGCUAGAGUCUGUGGCGUAUUUGCAUCACUGCAGACCAUCGGCUGUUUCUAUGCAAAACGCAUUGAGGCACCUACUGAGGCAAAUGACACAGUUACCUUCUGCGUUGUCUGACGCAGAUGCAAAAAGUAAAUUAAGUAGUGCAAUAGAUACUUAUAUUCUCGAGCAGAUAGAACUUGCCGACAAGGCAAUAUCAAUAACAAUUCAAAAAAAGAUAUCCAACGGUGAUGUGAUCUUGACAUAUGGCUAUUCGUCUUUGAUUCAUAAAAUCUUAUUAGACGCGCACACUGCGGGUAAACAGUUUCGUGUUAUUGUUGUGGAUGGGAGACCCUGGCUGGAAGGAAAGGAACAGCUAAGGCGUUUAGCGAAGCACAGUAUCGAAUGCUCCUAUAUCUUAAUUAAUGCUUUGAGCUACGUCAUGCCAGAAGUAAGUAAAGUGUUCCUGGGUGCUCAUGCAAUAUUGGCUAACGGCGCGGUAAUGUCAAGAGCUGGUACUGCCCAAGUUGCCUUAAUGGCGAGAGCUUUCAAUAUUCCAGUUUUAGUUGCUUGCGAGACCCACAAAACCUACGAACGUGUACAGACGGAUUCUAUCGUUUAUAAUGAAUUAGGCAACGCGGAUGAACUUGCACAAGGGUAUGCUAUGAAGAAGUGCCAGCUCACAAAUUGGAAGACCAAGAAAUCUUUAAACCUUUUAAACAUUACGUACGAUGUUACACCAGCUGAUCUGGUCACAGCUGUUGUCACAGAAUUGGCAAUUUUACCAUGCACUAGCGUUCCUGUAAUUUUACGAAUCAAACCGUCUGAAAUUUAAGUUUUGCAACAAUCAACUAUACAGGAUGUGAAAUUAAAUGUAUUACAAUCAAAUGCUGUAACUGAAAUGUGAUAUGAAACGUUUAUUUGUCGCGGGUGUUGUUUAGUAUCAAAAAGUAAGUGAUUCUUUUAGUAUGGUCGUAAAAAUUUAGAAUGGUCCUUUACCCAAUACUUCUACGUUAUCGCAUUGGUUACACUCUGAGUGUUUGUAGAUGUUGUACUUACGAAAAAGAGUGUUGAAAAUGUGAAUGUUUUAAAGCGCACAAAAACUGAACAACCCGAGCCUAAAAGAAUAUUUUUCAAAUACUUUAAAAAAAAAAACUAGAACUUUGCUAUGCUAUUUGCGUUCACAUGCAUAAAACUUAUUUAAUUUACAGCCUGGAAACCGUACUUUCGUGCCGCAAUAAAAAAGAUAAGCAUCUCGAAUUUUUAUUUGUAUCU